AUGCCCGCGCUCCAGGUAUUGGCGCCCGAGCAAAAGGGCCCGCUCAAACACCAACUGCGUUUCCUGUUUCAACUGCUGCAGUUCGUGUUGGCCGCCGCUCUCACCACCCUUGUGCUCCACCGCCAGAGCAAGCUGCUCGAGCUGGCAGCCGAGGUUGUACAAGGCAACAGGAAGCAGUUGGUUCACCUCCGUUCCAGCUUUACCUCUUUCUUCCAGAUUCUUGGCGUGGACGCUUAG